AUGAAAAUAUUCAAAUAUCCACAUUUGGUUCUUAUUGAGAUACUCCACAGUAUGAACUAUUCUGAAAUAUUUAUGAUGUCCUUUAUCUCUAAAAAUAUGAAGAAACUCAUCAAAUCGUAUCAAAUCGCAAGAUUCGAAAAGAUUGAUUCUAUUCGAUAUGAAUGUAAUCCAAGGGGACAACCAUUGGUGUAUAUUUACUACAAAUCCAGUUCGGAAAAAAUUGUGAAAAUUGACAAAUUGGACAAGAACAUAAAUGAUUAUUUCCAGUUGAAUAUAUCUGGAAAGAUGAUUGAUUUUCGGUGA